UGUGGUGUAGCCAGACCUUACUCCACAGUGCUGUGGAGAUAGGUCUGGCUAUGCAAGACUACUGCACAAGAAAACUUACUUGGACAAGCAACGCAAAGGUUAACCCGUAUCUACGGUGAGACUAUGUGAAUGCUCUGUCUCAGAGUCUACCUUAAAAUGUCAAGUGAGGUCCACUUUUGGAUUUGUCCCAAGAGCAGCAAAUUACACAUCACCCCUGGUUACAAAACAUCUGGAUAACAAGAGACCUGGAGGAGUUUAAAGUGAGGCAGCUGCGAGGAAGCGCAGCAGACGGACUGAUUUCUUCAACAUGAAUCCUGCUCUGUUGGUGUUGGCGUUGUCUUCGCUGGCCACAGUGGCAACUCAGUCUCACGACCAUCAUGACAUGGCCUGGGUCAACGGCUACCGUCAGAGCUUUAACUUCCAGUGUCCCCACGGAGAGGUCCUCGUGGCCGUCAGGAGCUACUUCAGCGAGACGGAUGGCUCGGACCGCCUGUGGACGUUUGAGUGCCAGCCCACGCCUGAGGGUCUUGGGGAACCCAGUGACUGCUGGUGGGACGACAUCAACCGUGCUGGGAUGGAGUGGACUUCAACAUGCACUCGCAACGGCCUGGUAGCAGGCGUACAAAGCAAGUACUUUGAAUCUGUUCUUGACCGGGAAUGGCAGUUCUACUGCUGCUAUUACAAACGCCGCUGUCCCUACUCCUGCAUGAAGACCAAUGACAGUCCUGAACACUUCAGAGAAGAGGCGGAAAUGGUGAUCCCUUCUUAUGGCUACUUCAUCCGUGGUGCCCAGACCACCUUUAGUGGAGUGCUAAGAGAUCGGCAGUGGAAGUACAUCCUGUGCAGAAUGACAGACUUUGACUGUGAAUUUGAAAAUUUAUAGACUUGUAAUCAGCAUUUUGAUGUGUUUUUUUUUUAACGAAAAACAUAUUUACUCUUACAUUUAAACAAAAACAUAGUACUGGCAUUAUACAUAACUGAUAUGAUUCAUGUUUUCAUUCAUGUAUUUACUUUUGUUGAAUGAAUGAACCACAGGCAUGUGAUGUAUGCCUGUAUAAUCACUGUUUUUUAGUUUAGCAUGCAAAAAUGACUGCUCAUAUGAAGAUAAAUGUCAUAAUAAACAUAAACACAGAGGGUCUAAAGGGGAUUUGGGCUCGAGCAGAUACUUUAGAAAGCUUUGGAAAGGGUUUUAAUUCAGAGACCGGAGGAACUGGAAGUCAUUUGGCAGCAUGUGAAAGUGUUUUUCCACCAACAAAGUCAAUUAUGUGAUGCUGUAGUUAUGGUGGUAGAAAACACUGCAUCAGGCUCUGCUCCAAGAGCUCUUAGUUGAGGUCACUAACAGCAAUGGCCAAACAAAGUGUUUUUAUUUGGACCAUUUUCACGGUUAUAAAAGCAUUCCGUGAGCUACAGGGUGUGAACGAUUAGGAUAUUGUCUUGGAGGUAACACUUGGAACAAUUGUGCAUGAGACGCUUCUUUCAGAAUCGCUGGCAACAUGAGCUUUGCAUGCAAUGAAGAGUGUCCCACUUGCUUUCAAUUGCAUCCCUCCUUAAUUAAAGUGUCUUGUUCAGUUUGGCAAUUACAGCCAUACAGUAUAUUGUACUGGAACUCAUGUAAUACUGUUUGGAAAUGGGCUUAAAACCAUCUUUCUUUUGUUUA